ACCGUUCAAUCCUUCGACGAGCUCCUCUUUCGAAGAUAUCUUCUUGAAUGUCGUGACGUGUUAUUGGGAAACACGGUGGCCUAAAUCACACACAAAGGUGAACUUGACUUGUGAACAACAAGGAUUUUUAUGCCAAUGA